AUAUUAAAAUGGCCGACGACUAACGCGUUUGCAAUUGAUUUUUUUUCCAUUACACUUGUUAUAACAUUACAAAAGCAACAAACAACUAUUUAAAUUGUCACGUUACAGUAAUAGAACAGUUCCGCAACUCGCCGCGACCUAAUUACACUUUAGCACUAAAUUAUAACCUGUUAAGCGCCGAUUGAGUGAAUAAAAUUAUACUGUAAUAUUAAUUUUUCAAGUUUUAGUACAUCAACAAAUGAUUUUUCAUGUUUGGUGGUUGUUAUACGUGCUACUCUGUGACUACAGCUUUGUCGGCAAGUAUAUAUGUCACCGACCAUGUUAGAGGCGACAUACUAAAAUCCACCGAACAUUGAGCAAAACCACCCACCCAGCACGUGUAAUAUUGUCCAAUUAAUGGUCUGAUCUACUCGAGACGUUUAUUUUGUACCACAAUUGGAGAAGAUGGCGUCCUGUGUCGGAGGCAGCCACUUCGGGAGCCAGGAGUACGUGCCAGUUGCCGAGUUCUACGCGGACAAGUCGGUUUUUGUAACAGGGGGCACUGGUUUUAUGGGAAAGGUAUUAGUCGAAAAACUUCUGAGGAGUUGUCCGAAGAUCAAGAAAAUAUAUUUGCUCAUGCGGCCAAAACGUGGACAGGAUGUUGCCUCGCGACUCACCGAGCUCACACAGUCACCGUUGUUCGAGACUUUGAGGAAAGAGCGGCCACAAGAGUUGAACAAGAUAGUGCCCAUAGUAGGUGACAUCACGGAGCCGGAGCUCGGCAUCAGUGCAGCGGACCAGGCCAUGUUAUGUCAAAAGGUGUCGGUAGUAUUUCAUUCUGCAGCCACAGUAAAGUUUGACGAGAAGUUGAAGCUUUCAGUUACAAUCAAUAUGCUGGGCACCCAACAACUAGUACAACUGUGUCACCGCAUGCUGGGUUUGGAGGCUCUAGUCCACGUUUCAACAGCAUAUUGCAAUUGUGAGAGAGAACGCGUUGAAGAGACGGUGUACGCACCGCCAGCUCAUCCAGAACACGUCGUCACACUUGUCCAGACCCUCCCUGAUGAAUUGGUGGAUAGAAUUACGCCAGAUCUAGUCGGUGACAGGCCUAACACGUACACGUUUACGAAGGCUCUAGCAGAAGAUAUGCUUAUAAAGGAAUGCGGAAAUUUACCAGUGGCCAUCGUCAGACCUUCCAUCGUGCUCUCAUCUGUUCGAGAGCCGGUCAAAGGAUGGGUGGACAAUUGGAACGGCCCAAACGGGAUCAUAGCUGCUGUCGGCAAGGGGGUGUUCCGGACGAUGCUGGGCACCGGUAAGCGGGUGGCGGACCUGGUACCAGUGGACACUGUGAUCAACUUGAUGAUUGUAUGCGCGUGGCGAACACAUUUGAGACGAGGUGAAGGCGUUGUGGUUUACAACUGCUGUACCGGCCAACAGAACCCGAUCACGUGGCAGAGUUUUGUCAGAACUAGCUUUAAAUAUAUGCGGAAACAUCCGUUUAGCGAAGUGGUAUGGUAUCCUGGCGGCGAUAUUACCAGCAACAGGUUGAAGCACAACACUCUGUCGUUGUUACAACAUCGCGUGCCGGCUUUCAUAAUGGACCUGGCAGCGAGGUCCACGGGAAACAAACCUGUGAUGGUCCGAGUGCAGAAUAAAUUAGCUAAAGCCGCUGCUUGCCUCGAGUACUUCACUACUCGUCAAUGGGCCUUCGCCGAUGACAACGUGCAGGCCCUCUGCGCGGCCCUCUCCGUAGAAGAUCGUAGGAUUUUCGACUUCAACGUGAGAAACAUUGACUGGGACGCGUAUAUCGAGUCGUACGUGUUGGGCAUUAGAAGGUUCCUCUUUAAAGAGAGUCCGGAAACAUUGCCCAAAUCGAGAGCUCUUAUGAGAAGGUUACAUAUAGUCCACAUUCUAACUCAAGUGGCCACUGUGUUCUUUCUUUGGAGAUUUUUGUUCGCGCCAUCCAAUGCAUUACGUUCUAUAUGGAGACGCAUACUAGAGUUCAUAACUCGUGCAAUCCGCCUUUUAGCCAUCGCCUGAUGUCGCGCAAUCAACUCAACAUCGCUCAUUUCAAUCAGUUAGAAACGCUUCUGCAGACAACUGACGUUUCGUUGACGUUUGUUACAAAAUGGCGGACGCCACAUGUCAAAUCUGACACCAAUAGUUAAGAUCACAACGGCAAAUAAAUAUGUUAGGAAUAUUUUCUCUUCAAUAUUUAAGCUUCAGGAGCUGUUGUAUUUUGCUUCCUCUAUAAUCAUGUGUGAUAUGAAUACAGUAUGCAUAGAUAGUUAUUCAUAUAUUACGAGACGCAGCCAACUGAUUGAUUGAGAUGAAAAUGAUUCUGAAUCAAGUAAGUCUUGAGUGUUCAACCGAUUUAAGGAUCGUGGGUAAUUCAAAUCAGAAUCUUAACGGUUACGUACAAAUUAUCAAUUGAACGAUUAAUUAAUUUUAUGCCACGUAGUGUAUGAUAUUGUAUUUUGAAAUUUGUUCUAUCAUACAUGAUUACAUUUUCGAUUCCCAAACGCUAAGCAAUAUAUUUCUGUUACGAGUUAUUGUAAGUAAUUUGUAAUUUCAAAUGGUUUUGUACCUAUGGCAGCUCAAUGGUCUCUUAAAGUUACAAUUGUCUUUGUACAAUAUUAUUGUAAAAUUGUACAACAAUAUUCUUAUUUCGUUUACAUAUAGUUUACUGUACGCUUCCACACAAUAGAACUGAGGAUUUUUCAUUCACAUUUCGAAUGAAUGUCUUUAUGAUUUCUAUGUGUUAAAUUAACUAAAUAUCAUUUUGGAAUAUUGAUCAACAUACCAUGCCUCAAUCUAAUGUUACGAUGCUGUUUCACCAUAAGGAGCGUACAGUAUGUUUCGUGUAUUUAAUAGAAAUGUUUUUCGUCUCCAAAAUCAUGCAAAUUCGUGGUAGAAUAAUGUCCAAACUACAGCUAAGCCAUUGAAAAAAUUAAGCCUUAUUUCCAUUGCAAAAAAUUUCCGAAUUGCAAAAUUCGGAAUCUCAAAUACCCGAAUGUACUAGUCAGGAAUUAUUCCAUACUUAAUCUAUUCAUAAUAUAGGCAACCCAUGUAAAAUAUAAAGUCUCAAAUACAAUUGUUAAAGAAACGGUUAUUAGCAAAAUUAUUUUAAAUGAAAUAAUAAUAAUAAUUAAUGAAAUAUAGAAAGGUGUGGGCGGUUCGUUAGUGGCUAGGUUUGUAGUUUUACUCGAUUUUGUCCCGUUAAAGAUUAAUGUAAAGAUGUAGGUGCGCGUAAUGUCAAAUGCAACGCUCUGAUCUAGACAUAAUAAUAAAAUUAAAAAAAAACCUCAAAAUAAAUUUCAACACUAAUAGUGAUUAGUGUAAAUAAGUUCCCAAAAACAAACGUUGACAAGUACAAUUUGCAUAAGCUCAACAGGAAACUAAUCCAAUAGCGUAAAUAAUAAUACAAUAUUGCAUCAAAUAUUUUAUGUAAUUGUUGGAAAACUUUUAUUUAAAAAAAAAAAGAAAACAGAAUUGCUAUUUCAUAAAUCUUUCAUUUCAAUUGUGAAAGUAAAAGACAUUGUAUUAUAAUUACCAGAAAUAAAGCUUUGAUUUAAAUCUGCAGUUAAAGCAUUUCAAAUAAUUAUUUUUAACAUCGAAUUAUUACGGUAACCUCAUUUGUAAUGACGCUUAAUUCCAAACUAAAUCUUCCUUAGGUCUUGUCCUUUUACAGCUAUUCUAAAUAGCUGGUAUUAUUGAUCGGUUUACUUAAAUUGUCGAAGACAAUCUUUUCCAUGUUACUUGAUACUAAUUUCUCUUAUUGUUCUAAAUAUAGUUUGAUAAAAUACACAAUAAAACAGAAGUAUGAAUUUUUUACAAGUUUCAGUGGUGUCAUUUGAUAUUAAAAUUUAUUGUCUAUGUUAAACUUUUAAAGUGAUAUAUUAAAUUAGAUGUUUAUUUGGAAUGAUAAAUUCAUUUCUCACACUUGUUUAUGCAUUUUCAUUAAUGAUUGAUAUUUAUUAAAAUUAUCAAGUGCUUUGCUGAUAAUGGAUGAUUUUUUUAUAAUAUAAUUUUGUACACUAAUUUAUUUGCAUUAUGAAUUGUGACGUUUAUGAAAGUAUUAUAUUUUCAAAUUAUAAGAUAUAUAAAACGCAAUUAUUGGUUUUCUGCAAAAAAAAUGCGAAUUCAUACGUAUUAUAAAAUUAUAAAUAUCACUUCAGCCAUUCAAGCGUUGCUCUCUCAUGUUUGGCCGAUGGAAAGGACUCGAAUUGGCAAAAUGAAGUUUAUUACUGUUUACAUUGUGAGGACAUUUUGCCAAUUUGAAAAUUCAUUGUAUAAACACAUAAUUUUAACUGGCUACCUUAUAAAUUGAAACUGCACACUUGCUUAUGUGCCGAAUAUUAUCAGUCGCUAGAAAAUGUAUGAAAUUGUAGGCUAGGUUACAAUUAAUCAAAAGCUUAUAAUGAUAAUACAGAGCGUUUGCACCGAUAUAUGGUUACAAUAAUUUAUUACCAAUAUUCAACGAAAAAGCGUAUGGGUGUUCAAACUUAGAGUAAAGAGAGAUAAAAUACCUUAGUGAAGAGAGAAUAGGACACACAGUAAUAAUAACGUCUUUAAUAAUAAACGUGUACCUCUAUUACCUACUUGUUAUGAAGAUGCAGAGCAAAUUUCCAAAUAAUACGCUUCCCUAGAAUAACUAUUUAAGUUUUGUUAUUAAAUUUAUUUGAAUUUUGUGAUAUUUUUGGCUACUUUUCGAUGUAAUGAAUUGAACUAUGAAUUCAUAAAUUAUGUGAAAUGAUAAUAAAACAAAAUGAAGCAAAACACUAGUUCGAAGAUGAAAUUAAACAAAUGAGUAAUGAAAACUGCACGAACUAUUGAUAAAUUAAUCAAUGAUCUAAUUGUAACCAAUAAUAAAUUUCAUCACAGUCGAGUUCAUAAUGCAAUUCAUUAGACAUAAUAGUAAAAUUAAAAGGAAUAAUGACUUAGAUAUAUCGAAGUGCCGAAAUAUUGUUGUUUCUAUAGUUUUGUGGCUCGCCUUUUACAAGUUCUCCGAUGUCUACCAAAUUGCUUAACGAUUAUAUCCUACAAUACGUAAGUUUUACUUGUUAAGUAAUGCCUAAGUUUAUACAAUGUGUUAUUUAAGUGUUAGCAUUUCUCUUAAUAUUUAAGUCUAAUGCAGGCUUUCGCUCUUACAUUCUCGAUCAAUGUGUUUGAUGAGGGAUUUACAAAGUUGGACGUGAUUUAAAUAAAAUAUCAUAGAUUGAGCCCUUAGUGUCAUAUUUAUUUACUUAUUUAUGUUUCUAUUUAUUUUCACGAUAAAUAUUUAUUGAAAUAUUAAAUUAAUGUAAUUCUCCAUUAUUGCAUUCACUGAAUGUACACCACUACCUCCAUAGACAAUAUCCAAGGAUAGGGUUGUGUGAUUAAAUUUAUUAAGUAGUAUUUUCAAUUGUACUUUAUACGGCCAUUCAAAUGGUCAAACUAAUGGCCUACGAAAUGGUCAAAUCGUAAUAUGUUUAUAGGAUUGUAUUGAAUACGUAAUAGUAUUGUUGUUUAGUACAAGAAUCUUGUCAAUGGAGAUUAUGGUCUGUAUUGUAAAUCAAAAACCGAGUCUAUGCGUCUUGGAUGUAUAUAGUAAAGUUAAUUUUUUUAUUUGUAAGUAUAUUUGCAGUUAGAUUUGAAAUCAUUGUACCAAUUUCAACCUAGUUAAUUCUGUUGUAUAAAGCCUGGUCACGUGACGCGUUGUGUUUUUUUUAGAUUUAUUGCUUAGAUGUCGACCACUACAGUUAGAUUGUCCAACUUUGAAAAUCCCUACUGUUUGUCUUAGUUUAGUUUUGUUACGGUAUUAACUGGUUAGGAAUUAUUCUGGGCUAUAAAGUUUUGUAUCAAUAAUAGGUAUUAUAAUGUAAUGCUAAUAGGUGUUUUAUAAAAUACUUUUGCAAUAAACAAUUAUGUUUAUUAGAUAUUUGAUUACUUCCCUAAUACCAUAGAAGUUAUCGGGAUACAAUACAAAUAGUCCAGAACAAUUGAGGAUUAUGUUACAAAAUAAAUUAUGUCGACAUCAAAAGAUAUUUGUGAAAUAUUGUUUUUGCUUGUAAGUAUAUAAUUCGAUAUAUGUACAUUUUGAACAGAAACGAGUCUUGAUGUUAUUUUAGUGAGCUUGUAAAGAUUUUGCGUUCAUGAAUGCUUUUGUAAUAAAGAUAUUGUUUGGUAAUGAGAAAAUGUUCGCGCGGCAUUAUUUAUAUUAUUGUGUAUAUAGAAUUUAGUUAUCCAAAGUUAAAUCCAAAUACAUUGAUGCGAAACUAUUUUAAAUUGUUUUCACUGUAAUAUGUAUGUAGUUAUUCGGAGUGGUGGUAAGAUUUUUAAACGGUUUCUGAACGAACGUAACAGCGAAAAAAAUUAUGGAUUUGAUCCGAUUUUGCAAUUUCUAUUAUAAAUAAACCGUAGACAUUUCAAUAUUAAUAUUAGAAACAUAGGUAAAUAUUAUUAAUUAAAAAAAUAUUCAAUAAAAGUUUUUUUUUUUUACACUUACCUAAUAUUUUGACAGCUACAUUGAAAUGGCGCCAAACGCUCGUUCUGAAACCGCGGGAAAAUGCUUUAAUAUAAUUUUUUUUUGCUUAGAUGCGAACGGUUUUGAUUAUGGUAUUGAAAUCCAUAAACUUGAUGGAAUGUUAAAAUAUUUAGAGAUGGUUGACAAAUGCUCAAAGUUUGUAGUCCCCGUUCCUGUUUAGCUGGUCUUGACAAUAUUAGAAUAAUGUAUUACAAUAUGUCCUAAUAAUUGACAAAUUAGUAUAAAUCAGUCCAGUAGAUUAUCCCUUUGUCUAACCUGUAAGAAAUGGGCCUGAAGCCAGAUUUACUGCAAAAUGUAACAAACAGCUAAACUAUAUAGAAAUUAAAAAUACCUUGAACGGUGAAGCUGAUCAGAUAUUUAUUAUAACAAUUUGUGGAAGAGUGUUUUUUUUUUAAUAGUAUGAACUAUAUAGACUAUUCUUUUGCAAAUUGGGUACUUUUUGCAUUCAGUUAAAGUUGAUAAUAUAAUUUGCUUUUUCUAAAUGUAAUUCUAAAGACGUUAAUCAAUUUUAAAGAGAGGAAGAAAUUUUCUGUUUUUUUUUUUACAACUACUUUCAAAUCCAUAAAUGUUUGAUAAAAGUUACGUUUGUAAAAUAAAUUGUAUAAGUUACUAAAAUAGGACCAGCUAAACUGGGGCGGUGAUGGUCCGCAGACAGCCAACGUGUCUGGUGAUAGUUCGGUAUAUACAUGGGGGUUAAUUUAUUAUUCCAUAUAUUAAAAUAAAAAAGAUGUAAAGUU